AUGUUUAGUGACAUUUUGCCUGCUAGCAAAGUCCUAGAAAAGUAUCGCAGCAAACCAGUCUCUGGAUUUCGCCCUCUCACUGAUGAGAGACGAACGAUAUUGGAAGAGACGGAUAAGCCUAAGAAAGGAGGAAAGAAGAAAGCUACGAAGGAAGGCACUUCAGAACCCACUCAGACACCCAAGAAACGAAAAGCUCAAGUUGGUUCAUCUGCACCAGAUCAAACUCCCAAAAAGACGCAAAAGGUUAAGAUGGCAGCUCGCAAUCCACGAACUCCAACUCCUAGUGAAAGCGAAAGUUCGCAGGGUGCUACUCACUCUGACGUUCGCAUUCAAGAAAACGAGCCAGAGGAAAACGAAGAUACUGCGACAACUUCACAACCUGAGGUUUCGCAGCCCAUUACCACAAACCCAGAGGUACACUUUUGUAUACCCGAAUCUACACCAACUUAUAACGAUUUCUGCCAAACUCCUCCUUAA